AAACAGUCAUUAGUCGUCAUUCAUCGGUGAUCGGUGUGUUUGCUAUCUUAAUAAUCAGUUUUUGAAUAUAUAAGCUGUGAUCAACGCAUUAUACAUUACAUCGUAUUUUGUUAUGUUAUUCUGUGAUUUAUAACCGGUCGGACAUUAUCAAAAUAAAUUUGUUAAAAUUUGAUUUAUUUGGAAAGAGGUUGAUGUUUUGUAGGUUACACGACACGCAUAAUAACGUAUAACAUUUCUACUAUUUUUGAUUCGGUUGACAAAAUGCCUGUACCCGAGAGUAACGGUGAAGUUAUACUAAUAACAGGUGGUAGCGGCUUUUUAGGGCAGCAUUUAGUGAAAUUGUUGCAGGAACGUGAUGAUAAUUGCAAAGAAAUACGUAUUGUGGAUUUGGUGUCCUACACAAAUCAUUUGGAUCAUUCCGAAACAAAACCAAUCGUUUCAUUCAUUGGGGAUAUUUGUGAACCGGAAACAAUCGAAAAAGCAUUUCAGGGUGUUGACUGUGUGUUUCAUUGUGCUGCUUUCAUUAAUUUUCAAUUUCCGUCCGAUUUAACUGAGUUAGAACGUGUUAAUGUAAAUGGUACCAAAAAUAUCAUUAAUUUAUGCGUCAAAUACAGUAUACCACGUUUGAUAUACACGAGUACAUCAGCUGUCACGAUUCUGCCAUACAUGGGUAGAGCAACAUUCGCAUUAGUUAUCAAUCAAACGGAAAGCAAGGCAAAGACACCGUCAACGGAUAGCGGAUUUUUGAUUCCGGGCUAUUCAUCAUCGAAAUUACGCGCUGAAAAGAUAGUUUUAGCUGCAUAUGGAGCUACAUUGGGCAAUCAUGUUGAUGAAAUGUUGACCGUUGCCCUGCGUCCGACAAUGAUGUAUGGUGAAGAAGACUACAAAUUUAUGCCUACGAUAAUGAAGGUGGCGCAUAACUUUAAUCAACAAAUUCCGAAAUUAUUCGGACAAGGAGGGAAGCAUCAAAUUACAUAUGUCGGAAACGUUGCCUGGGCCCACAUUCGUGCCAAAGACACAUUGAAAAGGGAACCGAAAAAAAUAGCUGGACUUCCGGUAUUUAUAACAGAUGACACACCAAUCGAAGACACAACCAGAUUCUGCCAACGAAUAUCGCGUGCAACAAAUACAUUGAAAUUGCGACCCACUUGGUGGUCAGUGCCAGCAUUUUUCACAUAUUUUAUUGCAUUUAUGUUGGAAUUUUUCGUUCAACUGGCCAAUCGAUUGUAUUUCGGUGUUAAAUUGUCAUUUCAGCCGCGUGCAUUAGUCGCGUACUCAUCGUCAAUCAUAAUGUUUAGUCGAUUGAGAGCAUCGAUUCAUUUGGAUUAUGAGCCAAUAUUUACGGAAGAUAAAUCGAUACAGAACAGCGCUAGUUGGUAUGAAAAAUGGUAUAAUGACUAUGCGCUGGCGAAAAAUACGAAAAAGAAUAGUUAAUUUUAUGUUGUGCAUUGGUUUUUGUAUUGAAAAUAAAUUUAUUUCAUUAAAGGAAUUGAUUGCGUUUU